GUCUCCUUAUAGCCAGGAGACCAUCUCAUUCUCGACAUUCUCGUUUCUCGACUCUGCCCGAAUGUUUCUGUUUUAUCUAACACUCCUGAUCCUGGCCUACUCCGUGGAGCAGUCCUCGGCUCAUGGUCCCAUCACUGCACUGAGCUUCGGGAAAGAUAUCCAGAGCUACAUGAUGCUGCAACUGGACAUGGAACCGGUAAAGGAAGCCAUUUCGGUCUGUUCGUGGAUCAACAAGAAAACAGCUGAUGGUGCUCAUGAUUCCUGGUUCACGUACAAUGCACCUUCCAAGAUGCAUGAGAUCUUAAUUGCAGGCAAGAUAAGGGGCUGGGCUAUCAUGAAUCAGAAUCAUAUAGAGAACAGCCAGGCCGUUCCUUCAAAUGAAUGGCACCACGUCUGCAUUACAUGGGGCUAUGAGACUAAGACCAGGGUAUUAUAUUUUGAUGGAAAGGCAAUAGCACAGGAAGCAUCUGGUGACGUAAAACUGACCAUGGGAGGAACAAUAGCUAUAGGACAGUACCACAAGACAGCAACAAUGGAGGCUACAUUCAACAACUAUCCAUUUGGAGGUGAACUCCUAAAGCUAAACGUCUACAAAAGGCAACUGGAAGCUGGGGAAGUAAGCAAAAUGUUUUCAUCGGGAAUGUGCUCAGACUUCGAGGAUUCUCUUGUGGGAGAGGCUUUCUUGCGGUGGGAGACCAUCCUCUACGCUACUGAGAGGCACGGAACGAUCACUGAGGUGCCGAUUACAUGCCCUGGAGAUCACUGGAAAGUGCUCUACUUCGCAGACUUUUACAAUAAGGUUGUGGACGAUGAGAUUCUGAAAAAGAUGGAGGACCAAUUCGAAGUUCUUGAAGAAUUUCGCGGCCACAAAAUAGACGAACCUCUCAUCCAGCAUCUUAGAGAGCACCACUAGAUCGACCGAGACGAACAGUACAGCUAGAGGGGAAUAAUGUUUUGGAACUUUUUAUCUUAAAGCAACGGACAAUAAUAGUUCCUUGACAUUAAAGCGUUGAAUAUCCAUUGUUUCUCGGGCAAAAAUUGUGAAUUUCAUGAACCUUUAUUUUUCAGCAUGAUUUUUAGCAAAUAGUCUGAAUUAUUUUUCGGGAAACUUGAUGGAAAAUCCGCAGAAUCGAAUGCAUUAAAAACAAUAAA